CCUCGUUACUGACCCGCCCUGCGGGUUUCCCUGUGCCACUGCGGUGAAACCAACGGUAAAAGAGGAUCUGGUUUAAAAAGUAAACAACAACCUGAAUAUCACGAGCGCCGUGUUUUGUAAUAGCGAGACCCCCGUUUAUAUAGUUUUUUUUUCUUUUCGUUCACAUCUCCGGGUCAACCUAUUUCAUCAUCCAACGGGCAAAAUGGGAAACGAGGCAAGUUACCCCCUGGAAAUGUGCUCGCAUUUCGAUGCUGAUGAGAUUAAGCGUCUGGGAAAGAGGUUUAAGAAACUGGACCUUGAUAACUCUGGGUCCCUUAGCGUGGAGGAGUUCAUGUCCCUCCCUGAACUCCAGCAGAACCCGCUGGUCCAGAGGGUCAUCGACAUCUUCGACACCGAUGGAAACGGAGAGGUGGACUUCAAGGAAUUCAUUGAGGGAGUCUCACAAUUCAGUGUCAAGGGGGACAAGGAGUCAAAACUUCGGUUUGCCUUCCGGAUCUACGACAUGGACAAGGAUGGCUACAUCUCCAACGGAGAGCUCUUCCAGGUGCUGAAGAUGAUGGUAGGAAACAACCUGAAGGACACCCAGCUGCAGCAGAUCGUGGACAAGACCAUCAUCAACGCAGACAAGGACGGAGACGGCAGGAUAUCCUUCGAAGAGUUCUGUUUAGUGGUGGGUGGCCUUGACAUACACAAAAAGAUGGUGGUAGACGUGUGAGCAUGUCCCUCCGCUCCUCUCCCUCCCCUCGCUUUCUUCUCCAUCGGUCUCUGAAGAUCUGCUCAAGACGUCUGGCAAACACUUUGUGUAUCAAUGGAAGUAUUCUCUCUCCUCGUGAAGCCACUUUUUAUUCCCUAAACAAGCCACAAGCUUCGCGAAGCCAAUUUAGUUGUGUUAUUUAACUCCAAUCUUCUCGAUAACCUGAAGGACAGCUAUUUUUUGUUUGUAAGAGCAUCCCAGUUUGAGGGAGGGAGGGAGGGUAAAGGUUGGCUUGAUUAUAUUUUGUCAACAUUUUUUUUUUUGUAAUGUUAUUUUUUUUAAAUAUUUAUUUUUGUUCUGGUCUCUUUUUUUAUAGACAAGUAUAUCUAUAAAUGUUUAUUUAGUGGGGAAAUGUGUCAUUAUCUGAGAUGUUGCGUUUAAAUAAUAUACUUGAUUUGGUUUACAAUUCAAAACGUAGGGUAUAAAGUGCCAACCAGGACAUAUGGUAUUGUUAUCAUUAAGUAUCCACCAUUGCGGUCAGUGAUGGACUGGUCUGUGAUGAGUCAAAACGCUCGCUGCAAGAUCACAAAUGGUUAGAUGCUAAUUUCAUUUUCUAAAAUAAACAGCAGUUUCUUUUGCA